AUGUGGCUCAAUAUAAAUAACAACAACCAUCUAAACACCAAUUACUAUCUCAACCCCAAUACUGCUAUAGCCCUAGCUAUAGAGUAUCUUCUAAUAACUGAGAAGGAAAAAACCACUGUUCCUACCCAUGCAAUCAAGAUAGGUUGGCAUAAACCCCCUCCCCACAGCUACAAACUUAACAUUGAUGGGGCCUUUAAUGACAAAGAAAAAGUAGGAGGCCUAGGAGGUCUCUUUAGAGACCACAAUGGUCAUUGGUUAUUAGGUUAUCAACACAGAUGCCCAGCAAGAUCUCUGCAUGUAGAACUUCAAGCUCUUAAGGAGGGUUUCAAAAUCGCCCUAAUGAAGGGCUUCACCCCUUUGAUCGUGGAAACAGAUGCCACACGGCUGAGGGAGCUGAGGAUCAUCUAUAACUUUAGGGAAGGGAACAAGGUAGCCCACAAGAUGGCGAAGGAAGCGCUGAAGGAAGGAACUGAGUUCCAACUCUUGGACAACCCACCCUCUUAUGUAAUAAAUAAUCUAGCUUCUGAUAGGGCUUCUUGUGUUAAUUUUGUUAAAACUAUGGCUGUGUCUGUUUGUGCCCAACUAGCCGAGUGGG